AUGGUUAAUUUAAAUCCACAAACAAUUUCCGAUAUCGAAGAAUGUUUAAAAUGUUUACUUCAACCAAAUAAUGAAAUUAUUAAAAUGGCAACUGAUAAACUUAAUGGUAUAUUAAAAAAGAGUGAAAAUUCUUUAUAUUUAUACCAUUUGUUACAAAAUUCACCAUUUAAUGAAAUUAAACAAUUAUCAGCCGUUAUUUUAAGACAAAAAUUAGUUGCACAAUGGAUCAAAUUCGAUAUUCCAUCUAGAAAGUAUAUUAAAGAAACUAUCCUCCAAUUAGUUUUAUCACAACCAAGUCAAUUAGUUAGAAGAUCAAUUUCUGAAGUUAUUAUUAUUAUUGCUAGAAUCGAAACUGCUGCAGGUACAUGGCCAGAUUUAUUCCCAUUUUUAAUUCAGUUAACAUCACACCAAGAUCCAAUUACAAGACAAAUUCAAAUACAUAUUUUAGAUUCAUUAAUUCAAAAUGUUACCAAUAUUUUAAAACUUUGCCCACAAUUACCUGAAGUAUUAAAAACAACAGUUGUAGAUCCAGAGUUAUCAGUUAGAGCACUCUCAGUUAAGGCAAUUGGUUCAGCAAUUUAUGCCGUUCAAGCAGAAUCUAAAGUUAAACCAUUUAUCGAAUUAAUUCCAGCUUCAUUACAGGUUAUUAAGCAAUGUAUUGAAAAUGAUAUGGAAGAUGAUGUCAUUUCAGCUUUUGAAAUUUUUAAUGAUCUUGCAGAAAGUCCAUAUGCAACAAUUAAACUUCAAAUUCCAUUAAUUGUUACAUUUAGUAUUGAUAUAAUUAAACAUCCAGAUAUUGAUAAUUCAAUUAAAACUGUUGCAAUCGAAUUCUUAGAAACUAUUAUCCAAUACCAACCAAAAAUUUUAAAAGAUAAAAAUUUAUUAAAUCCAAUCUUACAACUUUUAUUCAAUAUUUUAACAUUAGAAAAUAAUUCAGCAGAUGAAAAUGAUUACGAAUUUAAUAUUUAUCAAUCAGCAGCUAUUGCAAUUAAAGAAUGUGGUAAAAGUUAUUCAAGCAAACUUAUUUACUAUCCAAUUUUACCAUUAUUAAAAGAGUAUUCAGAUAGCGCCAAUCCAAACUUCAGAAAUGCAGCUAUGACAAUUAUUCAACAAUUAUCCUAUGGUUGUGUCGAAACUAUGAAGGACGAUCUUGAUAAUAUUAUCCAAUUCGUAAUCAGAGGCUUAAAAGAUACCGAUAAAAAAGUAAAGCAAAAUGCAUGUGUUUGCAUUGGUAAAUUAUCACAAACCCUUACACCAGAAAUCUAUAAAUAUACCAAUACAAUUUUCCCAUUAGUAUUCGAUAAUCUUGCCGAUCCAGAUGACCAAUUCAUCCUUAGAUGCUGCUUUGCUCUCGAAAACUUUUUAUUAGAUCUCGAACCAAAAGAAAUUAAACCAAUUCUUCCAAACAUUAUGGAUAAAUUAGGUCUAUUAAUUCAAAGAGAUAGUGUUCAAGUUAAAGAAUUUACAAUUUCAGUAAUCUCUUCAAUCGCUGUCGCCAUGGAGUUACAAUUUGAACCAUAUUUCGAACAAGUUCUCAAAACCUGUCUUAGUCUUAGCAAAACUGAUGACCCAGCUCUUUAUCUCCUCAAAGCCCAUUCAAUUGAUUGUAUUGGUUCAUUAAUUAAAACUGUUCCAAAAGAACGUUUCAAGGUACAUUUAGUCGAACUCUUUAACUAUAUUCAUGAUACAGUCGAAAACACUAAAUCAAGCGAAGUCAUUGAAAGUUCAUUCAUUUUCUACUCUAAUGCUUUUGAACAUUUCGGUGAAGAAAUUGGUGAAAUUUUACCACGUAUCUAUUUACAAGUUUUCAAGUCUGCUACUUCAGAUGAUGGUGUUGUUAGUCACAGAGCCGAAAAUAAAAAUGUUAGUGGUAUCGAUAAUGAAGGUGAGGACAAAGUUAUUGAUGAAGACGAAGAUUAUGAAUCAAUUAGUGUACGUACUUCUUUCCUCGACGAAAAGUCUGCUGCCAUUAGUUGCAUUAGUGUUAUGGCUCGUUCAUUACCAGUCUCAUAUUUCCCACACAUCGAAACUACCAUCCAAAUCAUUGAACCACUUACUCAAUAUUUCCACGAGGAGAUUAGAGAUAAUGCCCUUUUAGCUCUCCAAUCAUUGGUUAUUCCAACUAAUCAUCAUUUCCCAGCUCAAACUCAAUGGGUUCAAGGCGAUAUUAAUCAUCAAGUCUCUCCACAAAUGAGAACACUUUUAGAUUUCUCAUUCCAAAUUUACACACAUAUUUUCACAAUGGAAAGAAAGAAAGAGGUUGUUGCUCGUGCUUGUGGCUGCAUUGCUCAAACUAUUGCCGAUUUAGGUCCAGGUGCAAUUGCCCCUUAUUUAGGUGAAGUUGGUCAAUCAUUAUUAAAAAUCUUCAACAAUGGUCUUUACUGCCAAACUUGUUCCUCACCAGACACCAACGACGAAGCUGAUGUAGAAAAUGAAGAAGAAAACGAUGAAGACGAAGAAAAUGAUGAAGAUGCUUUUGAUGAAGAUGAAGAUACAGAUUACCAAUUAAUUAAUAGUGCUGCCGAAUGUAUUAUUGAAAUGGCUACUGCUAUUGGUAAAGAGUUUAAGGUAUACUUGGAAGCUUCACUCCCAUUCCUCUUAAAACUAACCAAGAAGAAUACUCUCACUUCAAUUAGGGCUGUUGUUAUUGGUACUAUUGCCGAAUGCUUCAAAUUAGUUGAAUCUGACUAUUCUGGUUAUCUUCCAAGACUCUAUCCAUUAGCUCUUAAAGGUCUUAAGGACACUUCAAGUAAAGUUCAAAGAGUUUCAUGCUAUUUAAUGGGUGUUCUUUUACAAAGAAGUAUUUCAUCUACUGAAGAACAAUAUACUCAAGCCCUCCAACUUAUUUCACCACUUAUUGCCGAGGAAGAUCAAGAACGUGUAGUUUUAGAUAAUGCAAUUGGUUGUGUUUGUCGUAUGAUUGCAACCCAACCAUCAUUUGUACCAGUUGCAUCAGCUUUACCAGUAAUUCUUUCUAAAUUACCAAUUCAAGAAGAUAGAGAAGAGGUUGAACCUUUGGUCGAUGCACUUUUUGUUCUCUUUAAUACUAAAUUCGAUUUGGUAGCCCCACAUACUCAAGUUAUUGUCCAAUCAUUAGCUCCAUACUUUAAUAAAUCUAAUGACCUUUCAUUAAAACAAAUUAUAACAGAUAAAAUCAAUCAACUCAUCUCAAGUUUAUUAGCUAGAUUCCCUGAUCAAAUGAAACAAGUUUUAUCAAGUAUUCCAGAAUUUAAUCAUUAUGUUAAUAAAUAA